GUCUCACUGUUUGAUUCUGUCUCACUUCCUGCUAGGAUACUUUGUAAUAGUUCUGCAUUUGCCUGUAGUAUCCUCGGCUGUGGGGGGCAUAAACAUUCCUGUUCCGUUAACUUACUUUAAAGGGAGUUAGCAGGACCCGCACAGAAAAUAAUUCUGGGUAAUUUGUAGUGUUGCAUUCUGUGAUUGGAUGUACAAAUAAGGACAAAUGCACUGUACUGUGGUAACUAACCGACUACAGCUAACUAAAUACUGAUCUCUUUGAACAACAACCAGUUAGAAGUAGCACAUGCGGGGUGUUGUUAGUUUCGCUCAUACCUCCCCCUUACAAUUUACAAAACGUUAUUAAGUUGUGUCAGUUUGUCCUGGAGUACAGCUAUUGCGACCCUGCAUAAGCAACGUAUUCGCGUUUAACUGCGUGGGUUCGAGAACCAACAUUUCCUGAAGGGAUACACUGGGAGUGAUGCACAUUAUGGAUUUGAGAUCAGGCAUAGCCCUUAUUCAGAAACUUCUUCUCUUUGUUUUGGCGUUGCUAGACGGUUGUGUUGGGUUUAAUCUAGAUGUGGAUAUUCCUACAGUUUACACUGGUCCUUCUGGGAGUUACUUUGGAUUUUCGGUGGAUUUUUUUGCACCUCCUACUGCAAGUGUGGACCUUCUUAUAGGAGCGCCAAAGGCCAAUACUUCACAGCCGGACAUUGUGGAAGGUGGGGCAGUAUACAAGUGUAAAUGGGGAUCUAAUUCUGAGUGUUACUUAAUCAACUUUGAUUCAGAAGGAAACCGUCUCAGAAACCCAGAUGAUCCUCCAGAAUUUAAAUCGUACCAGUGGUUUGGAGCUUCUGUGAGAUCUCAAAAUGCAAACAUUCUGGCCUGUGCACCAAUGUACCACUGGGCAACCACAAAAAAAACAGAAAGGGAACCUGUUGGAACCUGCUUUCUGCAAGCUGGAUCCAAAAUAGUCGAAUAUGCUCCCUGCAGGUCAGGUAAAGGUGAUGCUGAGGGACAAGGAUUCUGUCAAGGAGGUUUCAGCAUUGACUUUACAAAGUCAGAAAGAGUACUUCUUGGAGGACCUGGUAGCUUCUACUGGCAAGGACAGCUGAUUUCUGACAAACUGGAUGAAAUUUUGAGCCAGUAUAGAGCUGAUCGUUAUACCAUCAAGUAUGCUAAUCAGUUGGCAACCAAGUCUGCUAGUGCUGCUUUCGAUGACAGCUAUUUGGGAUAUUCCGUGGCUGUUGGAGAUUUUAACAAAGACAAUGUGGAUGACUUUGUAUCUGGAAUACCAAGAGCUGAAAAAACUAAAGGCCUAGUGACAAUUUACAGUGGGACAAAUAUGGAAUCCAUACUCAGUUUUACUGGAGAACAGAUGGCUGCAUACUUUGGACACUCUGUGGCUGCUACUGACAUCAAUCAUGAUGGGUUAACUGACCUAAUUGUAGGAGCUCCUUUGUUUAUGGACCGUGGAUCUGAUGGCAAGUUAAGGGAAGUUGGCCAGGUUUAUGUUUAUCUUCAAGAUGCAGCAUCUGGUUUCCAGAAUCCAAAGAAAAUAACUGGCAGUGAGAUCUAUGCCAGGUUUGGUACUGCAAUUGCACCUCUCGGAGAUGUGGAUCAGGAUGGAUUCAAUGAUGUAGCAAUAGCAGCACCAUAUGGCGGCGAUGGUAGAAAAGGCAUUGUUUAUAUCUUCAAUGGAAAAGCAACUGGCCUGAAUCAGGUGCAAUCGCAGAUGCUUGAAGGACAGUGGGCUGCCCAGAGAAUGCCCCCAAGCUUUGGUUAUUCAAUGCACGGAGCUACUGAUUUAGACAAAAAUGGAUAUCCAGAUUUGAUUGUGGGAGCCUUUGGUGCUGACAAGGCUGUACUUUAUAGGGCCCGGCCAGUCAUUAAUGUAGAGUCAGAACUAGAUGUUACUCCUUCUGUUCUUAACCCAGAGGAGAAAACCUGUGACCUGCCAGAUACAGGGAGAAAAGUGUCUUGUUUCAAAGUUAAAUUCUGUUUGAGUGCCAAAGCAGUAGGAAAGCUGUCCAGUACUUUCAACUUCCAAGUAGAUUUACAGUUGGACAGACUCAAACAGAAAGGUGCUAUCAAAAGAGCCUUGUUCAUUCACAGCCAGCUGCCUGUACAUGCCAAGAACAUGACUGUAACUAACUGGGGGUCAAUGGUCUGCGAGGAGCUUGUUGCCUAUUUAAAGGAUGAAUCAGAGUUUCGGGAUAAACUUACACCUAUUAACAUCUUCAUGGAAUAUCGUCUGGAUCUGAAAACUGCUGCAGAUUCAACAGGACUCCAGCCAAUCCUUAAUCAGUUCACUCCUGCUAAUGUCAGCAAACAGGCACAUAUAUUACUGGACUGUGGUGAAGAUAACAUCUGUAAGCCAGACCUGAAAAUAUCUGUGAAGAGUGAGCUUGAAAAGAUCUACAUUGGUGAUGAUAGCCCAUUAACCUUGACUGUUAACACCCAGAACCAAGGAGAAGGGGCAUAUGAAGCAGAACUUUUGGCUUAUAUUCCUCCUCAAGCAGAUUUUAUUGGAGUUGUUCGAAAUGAUGAGCGGUUAUCAAGACUGUCUUGUGCAUUCAAGUCCGAGAACAAUACUCGUAUGGUUGUGUGUGAUCUUGGAAACCCUAUGAAAGCAGGAACAAAUCUACAAGUCGGACUGCGUUUCAGUGUUCAUCAGCUGUCUGAGAUGGAUACUUCUGUGAACUUUAAUUUGAAGAUACAUAGCACCAAUGCAUUUAAUUCUGAAAGCCCAGUGGUUUCAUGGCAAGUUGGUCUUGCUGUCCUAGCAGCUGUGGAAAUUAGAGGCGUUUCCACUCCUGAUCAGCUGUUCCUACCAAUUCCAAACUGGCAACCGAAGGAAGACCCUAAGACAGAAGAGGAUGUAGGGCCACUGGUUCAACAGAUUUAUGAGCUGCGCAAUAAUGGUCCAAGUGCAUUCAGCAAAGCAAUGUUGGAACUACUUUGGCCCUACAAGUACAAGAACAACACACUGCUGUACAUUAUCAAGUUUGACACCGAAGGCCCAAUGAACUGCACCACAGAUGUUGAAAUUAACCCUUUAAAUCUGAAGAUUACUAGCACUCAAGGAGAAGAAAAGAAUGAAACUUAUGCAGUAGAUGACUCCAGGAAUCGCAACCGAAAGCGCCGAGAUGUAGCGAAGAAUGAAGGGGAGUUUGAGAAUUUGAACUGUGGGGUUGCAGAAUGCCUGAAAAUAACCUGCCCAGUUGGCCAUUUGGAGCGGGGGAGGAGUGCCAUCCUUUACAUAAGAGCUCGGUUGUGGACCCAGACCUUUAUCAAUAAAGAAAAUCAGAAUCACUCUUACUCUCUCAAAACCUCUGCAUCUUACAGUGUAAUUGAAAUGCCGUAUAAGAACCUGUCAUACGAUCUUCCUUCAAAUUCUACAGUGGUCAAUACAUAUGUGAUGUGGGUUCAACCAGAAAUCAAACAACCUGUACCAUAUUGGGUCAUCAUCCUCGCUGUUCUGGCAGGAUUGCUACUUCUAGGCUUACUUGUCUUUGUUAUGUACAAGGUGGGAUUCUUCAAACGUGUGCGUCCGCCACAGGAGGAGCAGGAAAGAGAGCAGCUUCAGCCUCAAGAAAAUGGAGAUGGUGCUGUAGAAGCUUAGCCUUCGUGUAGCCCAUAUUAAUGUAGCGACAUGCAGUCGUGCAUUAGGAAAUUAAUGAGAACACUCCUCUUAAACUGACCACUCCAUUACUGUAAUACUAGUAACCAUACCCCACUUUGAAAACAGUAUCUGGUUUUAUUGCUACAGAACAAAGCUCAUCCUAUACAUUUUGGUCUCCUAGUUGUGUCUGAUACGUCCUUUUUCUUUGUUGCACUGACAUUUUUUUUUCUAAUGCUGGACUACAGUACUCAUCACUGCCAUGGUAACUGAACUGUCUUUUGAAAAGAAUGCUGCAAAGGGAGUACGUUUUCCUGUUACAUGUAACUAAGUAUAGGAUACUUCUUGGUUCUUUUGCAUUUGUUAUAAAAAGGGGUGGUAUCUGGACUCAUUCAUACAACAAUUGAAAGUGAUUUGUACAUAAAGAUCAUAAAACUUCUUUUUGCUAUUAUAUGUUGCAGAUUUUAUUGAUUUCUGCAUGCUCAGCCAUUUGGUCACAUGAUUUUUAGCUGAGUAGGAGUUGAGUGUAAAAAAGGCAGUAUGCUGGCACAUUCAACAAGUAUAUAAUGUAAACACUAUACAGAAUGAGUUACAUUUGUUCAAUGGCAACUCUGACAAAAAUUUUCAAAUUCCCAAACAUUAACAAAAUGUUUGUUUCUGCUUUCUGUUCCAUCCCAGUAGAAACGACUACAUCAGGACAUUUUCUCAAAGUAGUUCAAUCAAACUACUGCAGUUCAGUAUGCUUGUAAAAAUGAACCUUUGUGUUAGAUUAUAAAUUGCUAAAUAUUAAAUGCAAUAUCCCAGGCAAACACAUUUUGUAAUAUAAAAUACUGUGACUUAUUAGUAAUACUGUGUUUUUUUCCCCAAUAAUCCCUUGUAGAUUUUAGAUUAUCACAUUAUCUCUAGUGUAGAUAGGGUGGGAUGAAGAGAAAGCCUUCCUGGAUGUAAAGUGUUAGGGGACACAUUCAGCUGAUAAUGAUCGCUCUUUAACAUGUAUCACCAUAAAAAAAGCACUGUAUUGCUCUAUUUGUGUGGUAGAAAACUGCAGCAGUUACUUGCUACAAAUGUAGCCAAGUAGCAAUCAGUCUGCUACAGUUUACAAGAAGGAAAAUUUUGCUCCUCAACUUGGGUGAAGAGAUUUUUUUUCUGUUUUGGAGGGCUAAAGGGAUUGAGUGGGUGAUGGUUGCACCAAACAGAAAAGCAGCUAGUUACACCUGAAUACAUUAUAUGAGAAACAUUAAAUCAUAUUUAUUUCUCUGCUGCUCAUAUGAAGAACAGACAUUCUUAGCUCUGCCAUUUGCCAUGAGUGGUUUAUAAUCGGUGCUAGCUUUGAGUUCAGGACAGUGCAGCAACCAAAUAGAAAUAUUAAUUGUUGAAAUCAUCCUGUUAUGAUCACAGUAGAACUUAAAGCAUCAAUAGUGCAUAUGGCUUAAGACAGUGGUUCCCAAACUUUUUCGAUUCUCUGCUCCCUUGCUGAAUCCAGGUUUACCCAAGGUGCCCCCCCCCCCCCGCGGCGUGCAUAAAGUGCAUAUUAUAAGGCUUUGUCAAACUAUAAAAAAAAAAAAAAAAAAAAAAAAAAAAAUCUGCCUUUGACUGAACUCUUACAUCCAACCCAAAUAAAUUUGCGUGCAUUUGCACCCUUUCAAACUCUCUUAGAGAUCACCUUCCAAAACUUUUAGGAAGAAAGUCAUACCACAAAAAACAUCACUACAACUUUUACACAAUUUAAGUAAGUUUAACAGUGACACCUUCAUAUCCAACCUAAAACAUCUUAAUUGGCAAAUACUAAAAUCUCUGCCCCAGGAUGAAACUGUCACUCAUUUCAAUGAAACCUUUCUCAGUGUGGUAAACAAAACAACAAGCACCUAUCAGAUGCAAAACAGUAAAAUUUAACUCUGCUCCAUGACUAUCAAAAGUCACAAAAUAAUGUGUGGCUGAGAGAUAAAGCCUGGAAGGUCUAGCUUCUAAAGAGAAUACAAUCCAACCUACAACAUUUUCAAGAACUACACAAUCAAACCAAACUACACAUUAGAGCUGGUAAGAAACCUAUUGUACUAUUCUUCAAAAUACCCACUAAAAGAAUCCAAAACUGUUCUAGACCUCCAUAAAUAAUAUGUUUAAUCCUGGCAGCCCAGCUGAGCUACCUCCUACCAGUGCAAACCAUGUAGAUUCCAUUGCCAACCAAUUCAACACAUGCUUCAUUGAAAAUGCAUCCACUCUUACUAGCAGCCACUUGUCAGGCAAAUUUAAAAUACCCUCCAACAAUCCACACAUAAGUUUGUAUUCAAUUUCAAUCCUGCUCCCAAUGACACUAUUCUCCCUAAGUUUAAACACAACACAUUAGCCAUUAAUAACCUCCCCACUGAAUACCUCUAAAUGGCUGCUGAUACACUAGCUUAGCUUGUCUCAAACUUAAUAAAUAAGUCAAUCCAAGAAAACUAUGCAACAGAUAUUUUGGAAAAAAUACUCUACACAAGGGAGGUAUUUCCACUGAAUUUCCCACUGUCACAUCAUUGCUUACAGCUAUCACCCAUUGUCAUACUAUCUCUCCUUAUCAAAAUAAUUGAAAGGUGCAUCCAAGCCAACUCCUCAUGCUUCUUGCUAACAAGUUCUCUUUUCAGCUUAGCAUGGCUUCAGACAUCACCAAAGCACUACUACCGCUCUCCUCUGUUUCAACAACCAAGUCAGUCUUCAGACAGAGUCUUGUAAACUAGUAUCUUUUCUGUUCUUUGAUCUAAGAAAUUCAGUACCACGUACCAAGAAUAUUUCUCCACUGACUGACUUUACUAAAUCUUGAUCACACUAUGCCUCCCUGGUUUCACAGCUAUCUGUCAAACAGUAACCAAGCAGUUAAACGGCUCAAUGAAUGCGUCUCAUUCUUGCCAAUGUCACUUGGAGACCUUUGAGACUGCAUACUAGGUCCCAUCCUCUUUAAUAUUUCAUUAAAUGUGCAGAUGAUGCUAUAGUCAUCUACACUGCCUACUUAAUAUCCCAGCUUCAGGAAAAAAAUGCCUUCUCUUCCACUGAGUCCUGGCUCCAAAAAUCUUACCUCCUGUUAAGCGUUAAAAACUAAGUUCAGACUUUUCAUACCCAAAAAUCUCUCUAAUACAAACAGAAACUUUUUCAUCAUCUCAGCCAACAACACCUCUACUGAAGUAAUCACUCACACAAAGGUACUUGGUGUCACCACUGAUAAACACCUAAAGAUUAAUCUCCACAGUAAGCUAUGAAUAUAAUCCAUCAAAGGCUUGGCUAUACCAAAGCAAAUAGCUACUGAGGUUGUAGGUUGGAUUGUAUUCUCUUUAGAAGCUAGACCUUCCAGGCUUUAUCUCUCAGCCACACAUUAUUUUGUGACUUUUGAUAGUCAUGGAGCAGAGUUAAAUUUUACAUAGAGCCUCAGCUUACCUCCUCCCCUCAUUAUUAUACACUUACCCUCAUUCACAGACCUCUAGUCUCAAAGCUAAAAUAAGUAAAAUUACUAGCUUUACAGUCAGCCAUAGAGUGACAUCUCAUCUCUUUCUGGCCUUGACACAACUCCACUGGCCUGAACUACCAAACUGUCUAUUACCUGAGAGGCUACAGUCCAUAAUAUCACUAAUAAAACUCUUCAGCCUUACUAAACAUCAAGAUUCCCUACUCCACCACCAGGUCACUAUGCUCAAUGGAUAAACUUCUACUUACUAAAAGAAAUACCCAUAACACUGUUGGAAAUUUCCUCUACUCCAACUAUGUAUCAGAGACUUAGAACUGUUAGACCUACCUCACUUAAUAAACCAUGUAGCCUAUUUGUCUUCAAAACCCUGUUAGAAAAAAAAAAACACUUUAACCACACAUGGCUAUGAUCCUGUACAUCUCCUGGAGGCUAGUCUCAGCUUACACUCUCUUCCUUUCAUAGGUUCAUAGAUUAGUACUAGGCUAACUGCCCUUGUAGGACAUUUUUAAGCCUAGCCAAUUACCCAAUGUGAGAAUCAAACCCUGCACAUUGUGCUUGUAAGACACCUUAACCAUUAUGCCAACCUCCCACCCUAUACACCAACUAUCCCAGGCUUUAUUGAAAUAUGCAAUUAUACUCAUGUACACUUCCUUAUGCUUCAUUGCAUACAUAAACAAUGUGGUGCAGUACGUGAGUGUGGCUGAAAACAAUUUCAUUCAUUCUUUCAUCCAUUUUCAACAGACACACACACACACACACUCUUCUCUGAAAGUUUCCUUACUUGCAUGGAGUCUUCAUUCUUUUUGGCUGUUUCUUCCGCAGGUCUGAUUCUUGUUCCCUGAACAUAAUCCAUUCGUUGCCAUUCCCGCUCGCAUUUGAGCAGCCAUGCCCAGCCAGAAAUGCAUGAGCUCCUUGCUCAAUUCCAACAGGCUGGUAGCCCUGAUGGAGCUGACGUCAUCGCGCAUGCGAUGACGUCAGCUCAAACACCGCGAAAAUUCAAAAACAAAAGAAAAAAUGAAAAAAAAUCAUAAAUGAAGGGUAUUAGUUUGCGGCGCCCCUGUGAGGAAGCCGCAGCUCCCCAGGGUGUCGUGGCGCACACUUUGGGAACCCCUGGCUUAAGAACUUCCUCCACUAAAGGCAAAGAAUUUGUCUUCAGAAAGAGACAGCAGAAUAUUUUCAGUAUCAAACAUCUAUGCUGAGAAUAUUAUUGCAUUCAUUUUUUUUCACUGAUUAAAGCAUAGUCUUGUAAAAGUUCAGAUGUAAAUGUUAAAAUUCAGUUGAGCAAAGCUAGUUUUUGUUUGAAUUUUUAUUGUUCAGAUAAACAGCAAGUUCAACUCUUGUACCACACAUCCCAAUCAUUUCAUAAGUGUCAACAAGAUCUGCUAAAAGAAACAUGUUUACAUGUGAAUAAGAUGUUGUGAGAUACAAUUUGUUCCUUCACUCCAUAUUUGUUUCACCAGGGUAUUUAUCACUUAUGCUUCUGUUAGGUAGCGUUAACAUUUGUCACACUAGACUUUUUUCUGUUAACAGAAUAAAAGUGAAGGUCGUUUGUCUUUAUAAUAUGUUUAAAUGUUAUAUAUAUUUUUAUUUUUAAUACACUUGUGGCAAUAUCACAAAGGCAAGGCUUAAGCUGUACAAAUAUGGAUUUGUCAUUACUUAUAGUUUUUGCAGUCAGAAAAGAACAGAGUUACUUGUUCAUACAACGCACACUGCUGAUAAUAUGCUGUGCAUAUCUGUCUGUGGAAAAUAUGAAUUUAAUACUUUACGUGAUAACAAAUGCAGAUCUUGUCAUUUGACAGUCACAUUUCAAAGGCAUUCAUUAAACCCUGAAAAAAGUUGAAUUUGUAAUGGAUAUUUAACAGCAAUAGCGAUGUUUUGUUUCUUGCAGAGUUUUUUCACCUUUUUAAUCAAGUUUUUGUUUUAAUAUUAUUUUGAUUUUUUUUGCAAAAAAUGCAUCUAAGCUUGUAUCUUAAAUAUAUCAUUUAGAAAAGUGUUUCCUAUCUCAUAAAAUACAGAGUUCCGAAGUGAACUGUCAAGAAAUGUCCCACUUUACAAAUGUAUGGCAAAGACAUGGUAUAAAAAUGUAGCUCUUAUUUCUCAUAAAAGGAAGUUGUAGAAAGGCUAAUUCAAGCAGUAACAACAAGUAAGGCAGUAAGUAGUAACAGUUUUUGAGCAGUUCAUGAGUUUAUUUAAAAGCUUAAGCAUUGUGCUUUCGCUGAAAGCAUUUAGUCUUCAUGUAGUCUUUGAUUAUUUUCUGCACUCCCCUAUCAGUCAUGGUGAAUACUAUAUGCAGAUUUUUACUGAAUACAUUUGAGUCUCCCAUCCCACAGCAAAGAUGUUAUUUGUGAUAUCAGUCCCUGAUGUUAAAGAGAGCAUCGUGAUCUUCUAAAAUUAGGUCAUCGUGAGAUCAGUAUAGCAGCACUGCAAUUUUCGUAUGUUUUCUGUGUAAACAUUUUAGCUAAAAACACAGAUAUUUGUAUUAAGUCAUGGGAAGGGAUGCAUAUGUUUAAAAUCUGCUCAGUCAUUAAUUAAAAUAGUUCAGGUAUCUUGUAUAUGAAAGCAUGGGCUCCCUAUUGAAAUGUUAGCACUCAAAAUACCAAGUGCUAACAUGCCAGAAAAAAGACCAAAAACACAGGAGAACAAAUCUCAAAAAUUGCUCUUCUCCUUUAAACUUCUUUUUGCGGAAGAGAGGAUGCCUACCUGCACUCCCACCCUCACCCCCCCCCCCCACACACACACACACAUACACACGUACUUAUGGAUACCGUCUUAGAGAUUACCAUACCUCAGAGAAAAGGGAAUAUUCCGGGAAAUGCCAUCUCAAACUUAGUAUAUGUAAGUUCAUUCUUUUGGGCAUUCAGUGUCUGUAUUUUGGGACUUGCUGUAGCUAGUCCUGACAUUUCAAAUGGUCACCCAAAGUACUUGCUGAAUUGCUGACUUGUUAUGCCGUAAUGUUCACAAUUUUGACACAGUAGGUAACUAGCUGCCUCCUUCUAUAUUUUUGUUAGCACAUUACCUUUUAAUUCAUAUUCUGAAGUCCAGCAGUCCCUGCUAUGUAUGCUGAGUGUCAGGGAAAUUAGUAGUUGCUGCAGAGGCCUUAAAAAAUCAGAAGUUUUACAUUUCAGAUUACUUUUCAUAAUCUUAACAUUUGUAUUUUAGACAUGGAUGUAGUUAAUUUUGGAAGUUACUUUUGUAGUAUCACAAACCCUUUUCAGCAGUGAUCCAGGACACUAAGCAAAUACAGCAUAUUUAUAAAUCACACACAAUAUAAUUGUAUGUAUGUAAGCAAAAAAGGUACAAUAAUUGGAACAAUAUUUGACAAUGUGGAAUUCUUUUACACAGGACAAACUGGUAUGUAAAAGCAUGAACAUAAUCCGUAUGGCAUUUCAUCAUAGCAUUCAAAAUAUUGUGAUGUAGCACUGUUAGAAAUGUUGUAGAUUGCUUUAGUCAGCAGUUUGACAUAUUACAUUUGAAUGUUUGUUGUAUGUAAUGCAUAACAGAACUUGCAUUGCUGCCAUAGUAUGUCUGGAAAAACUAUUUGCAGGCAAAUAUAAAGGUUUGGUGUAUAAUUGAUUUACAACUGUACUUGUUUUUUGUUGUAUUGUUACUCUAUAACAACUGCAUUUGUAUUCUUCAGUAGGAUGUAACAGUUUCGUCUUUUUUUUUGUAAUGAGUAAAUAUUGUUGCUUAUUCUCUAGUGUUUUGACAUUAUUGUAUUCCAACAUCAGAUUGACAUUAAUGCUUAAAUAUUUAUGGUGCAAUAUGAUAAAAUGACUUUUCUGGUACGGAGAACUCUGUAACUUGAUUCCCUUUUAAGAGCAUUCCGUGGUAUUUUGGUAAUUUUUAAAUUACGAUUUAAAGUUGGAAAUAGGAAUACUUAACAUGUUAACAUGCAUUUACAUAAAGUAGUAUGAAAUAGCUAUGGUGUAAGCUGCUGUAGAACCUGUUUGUUCAUCCACGUUGGGUCGAUUCUAAUUAAUAAUGCUAACAGAGGAUUCUGAAAAACAGCCAUUCAUUAUUCUGUAUCUAGAGCAGUUUUACUUACUGCUACUUUCUCCACUCUAUUUUAGAUGAACUGUUGAGGAGGCCUUGUUUAUGGUCACUGGUUGUGAAUGUAAGGCUGUGCUACUAUAGUAUGAAAUUGUUUUUGCUCCCAGUAAGUUAUUGUAUUUUUGCAUAAGGCAUCCCCUGAUAAUUGGAAAUUUAAACUCUGAAUAGAAACAUAAUUUAAUGUUUUGGCUGAAAAUUAAAAGCUUCUCUGUAAAUUAUGGAUAAUGAGCAAUAUUAUGCUGCUGUGACUAUAUUAUUGCAAAAAGUUAAUUACUUCACAUUGCGGGAAAGGGGUCAUCUUACUGUCUGUAGACUAAACCUGGAUUUAGUAACCCCUUUGGGGGAUAUCUCUAAAUUCCAUUGUGAAUCUAAUUCUGUUAUACAAAGGCUAUAGUUCACAGUUUGUCAUCUGUAAAAGAAAUUAAUUAUAGCAGGAAAAAGUCUGUUUCAUCAAUAUUUCUUGGAGUUUCAUAAAUUGAAACAAUACUUGAGUAUAAAAGAACUGUGAGAUUCAGAAAUAGAUUAUGAUACAGGUUAAAUGUUUAGAAACUUGUGCUCUUACUUGAUUUAGUUUUCUGGUCAUUGUUUAGUAUAUAAUCAUCAUGAUUAUUCAUGAGCUUAUCACCUCUUUUAAUGAAAUAGUGGAACGGUCAGUGAUAUCUUUGAAAUUACUUCUUGGGCCAAGUGUGAACAUUUGCUGAGUGGCAUGCACCAACUCACUGAACAAAUGAACAUUGAUGUGAUUACACAUAACUUUAAAAAUAAAUACUGAUUUAAUGAAAAUUAACUUUGAUAAAUCCUGGUCAAUACUGGUCAGAGUGAUUUAGACACCAGGUCUCUUUAGAGUUCCUUGUUACUUAGUCUCAUAUUAAAAGCCAUUGGUUUCUUAGACAACAUUACUCAUAUUAACUAGUGGUGUCUGUAGCAGUAUGCUGGCCAUAUUACACUAAAAAGCAGAUUAAAAUUGCUGUAAAUAUUUUUUUUCAUUAGUUACCUCAGUUGUAAAUGUUUUGGGCUGUAAUACUUCCCAGUUUGAAUACACGCAUUUGCAGCAGAAAUUCAUACUGAUCCUAAACUCUCUGCAAUCCACUCAGAAAGCUAAUUGUUACAGUUUAAAACAUGGCUUGAUUGGAUCAUGCACGUUAUAUAGAAUAUCACUGGGAAAUACAUUUUACAAUUAAAAUUACCAGGGGUUAAAAAGUAGCAAUAAACCUUUAAAAUUUUGUUUAUGUAAAAAUAAUCUGUUAAUAAUUUAUUAAGAAAACAUUUUUAAAAAUAUAUUUUAGGAGGUACUUCAAAGGCAGAUAAAUAAUACUUUUAUAUACAAAUAAAAUCAACCUUUAUUAAAAAUGCUACAUAAUUCACAGUUCAUUUUACAAACACUAUAAAUUUAACAGCAUGUUGAAAACAUAAGGAAGAUUGCCUUAUCUGUACAGCUUAGCUGCACUAUAAUAGUGGUCCAUACCAAUUCAGCUUCAUUUUAAUUGUGCAAUAUUAAAAUGGAAUUUAAUACAACACGCAUUUGAAUUUUCUGAAAAGGUUUAUAUACAUAUAUAUGAUUCUGUUAAAUUGUUUCCAAAACAAGAUGUAAUUUCAAGAGAAAUACAUUGAAUGUUGAAACAAAACAUACAUGUGUAGCUUUUUUGAUAUUGCCUCAUUGCACAUUGCACAUGAUACACAGGUGACCUAAUUCUUCACCGUAUGUAUAGAUAAAAUGUUUAUCUUCACUGAUUUUGCCACAUUAAUUGCUUUCUCUUACGGGCAUCUUAUUUUUUGUUGGCAUUCCAAUUGUAAAGUAAAUAUAAUUGCUAUCAACACUCACUGUAACACGUACUGCUAUGUUUUCAGUUUCAAAAUGUUGCUGUAUAUUUCAGUCUUCAAUAAACUUAAUUUUACUAAAAAAA